UCACGAACCCUUAUCCUUGAAAACGAGGUCCAUUACUUGGCGCGAAAGAGAAGGAAAAUGGCGUUCGAAGAGAAUCAGAAUGAAGUAUUUAAACAAGGGGAUCUCCCAGAGCUUCUUGCCCAAUACUAUAAAAGAUUAUUCCCAUACAAGGAAUUUUAUAGAUGGCUGUCAUAUGCAAAUGUUGACCGUACAUAUUUUGGCAAACGCGAAUUCUCAUUCACACUGAAAGAUGAUGUGUAUAUCAGAUAUUUAUCAUUUGAUAAUCAAGAAGAAAUGGAAAAGGAAAUUCAAAAGAGGCAGCCUUACAAGAUAGACAUUGGAGCAGUCUUUACUGCGAAGCCAAGAGAUUAUAAAGCUAUUCACGUUGGAGCUUUCUUUGCUGAAGAAAAAGAGCUUGUGUUUGAUAUUGACAUGACAGAUUAUGAUGAAGUUAGAACCUGUUGCAGUGGUGCUGAUAUAUGCGAAAAAUGUUGGCCCUUGAUGACACUAGCAAUACGAGUUUUAGAUAGAGCCUUGGCUGAGGACUUCAACUUUAAGCAUCGUUUGUGGGUGUACAGUGGUCGUAGAGGAGUCCAUUGCUGGGUAUGUGACAAGCAAGCAAGAAAAUUAUCACAGGCAGCAAGGUCAGCUGUGGCUGAAUACCUGAGCUUGAUAAAGGGUGGUGAAAAUCAAAUCAAAAAAGUAAACUUUGGAAGAUCUGUGCACCCCUCAAUAAAGGCCUCAUUGAAAUUCGUUACCAAGUAUUUUACGGAAAGAUUUUUGCACGAUCAAGGGAUCUUGGACACACCAGACAGGUGGAAGAAGUUUCUGUCUAUCAUUCCAGAUGAAGGUAUUAGAGAGAAGAUGGACAGAACAUGGUCAGGUCAUUCAGAAGAUGUAACCAGUAAAGAGAAAUGGGCUGAGCUACAAAAAGAAUUAAACAAUUCAAGGAAUCUAAGUAAUGGUAAAAACAUCGCAGAUGAAAUCAUGUGUCAAUAUGUCUACCCAAGGCUGGAUAUCAAUGUCAGUAAAGGGCUCAAUCAUUUGCUGAAGAGUCCAUUUUGUGUGCACCCUAAGACAGGGAAAGUUUGUGUUCCAAUCGAUAUAAAAAAAUUGGAUGAAUUCGACCCUCUCACUGUGCCUACUAUAAGUACCCUCUGCGAUGAAAUCGACAAAUAUGACAAAAAGGCAAAAGCUGCCUUGGAGAAGGGAGAGACGAUUGGAGAUGAAAACAGUGCACCGAAUGCUGAAAUUGCUGAGUACAAAAAGACGUCACUUCGCGACACCAUGAAAUUGUUCCAGAACUUUAUUAUGCAAAUUGAAGUUGGUGAAAAGAAAAUGGAUUCUAAAGGGCAACCACGUUUACUCGAUUGGUGAUUGAAGGCCGCAAAAAGGCUUGUCAGUAACAACGUCCUGUGAAAUAUAACAUUUGCCAACCUCAUGCUCCAGGACUCCCAAAGGGUAAUUACUUUGUUAGAUCUCAGAAUUUUUAUUUAAAUGUUGAUGUAUUUUUUGUCUAAUGCGAUAUCUUUUAGAAAAAUCCUACUUUAUUUUAAGACUUACCACGAGAGGCCAUCUUUUUGUACGAGAACCAGUCCUUAAAGUUCGCUUAAAGUUGUAGUUAAAAUUUCUUUGUCAUCUCAUUGCGUCACCGAUUUUCCAUCAAAAACUUUGUUUAAGUUUUGGUCAAACGAGGGUAUCUAACGAAAAUUGUACAUGGCUCAAAUUCGUUUAUCCAUAUAGAAAUUCACAGCAUAAAUGAAGGUUAUACAUUUGGCUACAUUUUUAUGGGCUAUCACCAAAAUUGAACAGUCAUUAAAAAUUAUCUUGGUGCAUUUUCAUAAAUUAUCAUAAUUUACAAUAUGAUCUAGAAUAAGUUGAGAAAAUUUUGACAGACCUAUGAAUAUAAGUUUGUGAAAGUUAUAUACCAGUGAUCGCCAACAAUUUUUCAAAAUUUGUUUCUUCUUAAAAGAGGUUCAGUCGCAUUUAUAUGUACAGAAUAAGCAAGAAUUGACUUAAGUUUUGGAAUAAAAGUCAUACUUAGGUAACUUGGUACCUUUAUUGAGUUUAAAAACCAUAGUUAAAAACGCACAUACACUUUCAUUAUUUGUUCUUAGAAUUUUCGCUGCCCUCCGGCAGCCUCCUCGGUAAGAAUUGAGUGAGAUCUUUGCGUUCUUCCAAUAAGUCGAUUGCAUCGAAUUUGAUUUGUUUGUCGCAUAGAACAUUUGAAUUUCCUUAUUCUUCUUUUCUAUAUAGUUCCGGGUCUAGUUGUUUAAUAAUACUGCCUCUGUUACCUGUCUAAGCAUCGCAUCAUUUCCACAAAACGAAAGUAGGUUAACAACGCCUCUGCUUACACAGUUAACCUGAGUCUAGUAGAUUGCACGUUGUUUUUGGAAACAGAUAAGAUUUUGUCAAUGUACUUUUCUAUGAUUUUCCUGCUCUUUCAACCAAGUCAUCAGCAAAGAAUUGCCAGUCUAUAUGGAAGCAAAAUAUAGUAUUUUAGUCUCAGAUCUUAUACGAGUAAAGAGAAGUGUAAGAGAACAAUGCAACGACAAAGAAAGAUCAGCCCACGUACAUUACAUUCACAGGAUGCGGUUUUAAGGAUGAAAACAAAACUAAAUUAUUAUUUCUUCUCAACACCUUAAUGUUCAGUUUUUGAUUGGAAGGGAUUUAUUAAAAAAAAUACAACUUAAUACCACGGUCGAUUUUUUGAAAAAAGUAAGGUUAUAGGCUUAGAAAAAUCACAAAAAUUUGUCGAAAAACUUUCCGUC